AUGAUGACGGACGCUGAAGCCAGUGAAGACACGGGAUCAAGGCACCAAAUAAAGCAGUUUCUGGAUGCUGUAGUACGCCAUAAAAGUGGAAACUUUCCGAAACUUAACAAAUCAAAUGAAGGGUUCGUUUUCCCAUCCACAAGUGGAGCCUCGACCAACCGAGGAAAUAAGCUGUUACAAUCCUCGGAGGAAGUCAGUCGUACAUCUUUGAAUAACCUGCCAGAAAACGACCGGGACCAAGUAUUUUAUAAUGGGUCCAUGCAUAAGCUUUUAGCUCGUAACUGGGUGUCGAACGGCGCUAGUGAUUCUGAAACGUUUGAUCUAGAUCUACACAGGCUGGUGGACGUGAGGAACAUCCUUGCGCCUGUCUCUACCAUUGAAGAUGUUGCGAAACACCCAGCUAUUUCAAAAACUUUCAAAAGUGAGGUGCUUGGCGCAUUGGCGCUGCAGGCAGUGCUUAUGGUUGAAAAAGAACAAAGCAAUGUUGUCUAUUUGUCAAAGCUGCUGGAGGCUUUUCUAGGAGACUAUCCUGGGCCACUGUAUGAAGAUACACUAAACCUGGAAGAGUACGAUCACAACCUUAAGCUGCGCGAUGACGGCGAUGAAGACCUUGCGUGUCAAGGUCACCCCCAACAAAUUUCUGGGCACGCUACAUCCACGGACGAAGAUCCCUUUUUUGCGUUACCUCAGCUUGACCCCUCAAAUUUACUACCAUCUGUCAUAUCUCAAAAAGGAGAAGAAACUUUACAAGAGGUUGAAACAGCUAGACAACUAGCCCAGAUAGCUCUUCAGCGAAAUCAAGAAUUUAUCAGGAAUCUGCAAAAAAUUCGAAAAUGUAUUGCUAAGGCAGAGCGGAUAAAGCAGCGUAUUCUUGGGUGGGGAAAAGAAUUUGCGGGCAUCCCAGAGGAUGAUGUCACUGUUCCCAGUGCUCUUCAUGUAGUAAAGAGAGGCCUAAUAAGCGCUGCUACGAACCGGACUAUGACAGACGGGCAAAAUUUCGAAGCUGAAGAAGAUGAAAUAUAA